AUGCAUCAGAUAUACGUGAUUUGCGGAUUAUUUUUGUUCGUAUUUGACUGUCAUAUUCAAGUAGCAUUUGCAGCAUGUAGAGAUAGUCCAAGUCCAUGUAAUAUUGAUUCUACCGGUGCCGGUGUAUGUACUGCAGCCAAUGGUUAUGUUUGUGACGAUUUAACGAAUCCAGUUAACAGUGUACUAUGCUUUUGUCCGGGGGGUGUUGUUACUUUCAAUACACCUUGUUGCACCUCUACAUCAAUCUCGACCGCAACAUGCACCAAUAAUCGAUGUGUUCAAAGUCAGGGUGUGUGUAAUAUUGUUAAUAAUCCUGGCAGAGCUGUUUGUUGGUGUCUACAAGGUUUCGCCGGCGAAUAUUGUGAACUAGUUGGAGUACCUGGACGAUGUUAUGUGGGUCUUUGUGGUCUUGGUUCAUGCACUGAGAAAAUAACUGGUAGUACAUGCCAUGCUUUUUGUACAUGUCCAGUUGGUGUUUCGGGCAUAAACUGCAGCAAUCGUUAUUUCACAUGUGCAGCAGCGGGCCUCUUUGCGGAUUCUGUUAAUUGCCGAUUUGGAAAGUAUUUUAGCUGUAGUGGUGCGAACACCAUACCAAACGUAUUACAGUGUCCACUUGGCGAGCAAUGGAACCCAACUACAUCAACCUGCUCCGCAUCGUACACGUGUCCUUGA